AUGAAUAAAACACCCACAAAACUCACUGAUAACUCUUAUGUUUUUACAGCAAAAGAAGUAACUACACCCAACAAAGACAGUCCUGGCAUAUGUAGAACUGUAUAUACCCAUGUUGCCAAUUUACACAAUUUACUUAGCGAUUGGGAGAAAUUGAAGGAAAAAGGCACUAAAGUAACCAAGUCUGUGUCAGCUCUAAAGCUCCAUGAGUGUACUGAUGAUUAUUAUCCACAUCAGCUGCAUCCUCUUAUGGAGAUGCUUUUAGAAGCAUUAAAUGGACUCCGUAAUAUUGUUGAAGGUGUGAGAAUAAUUAACAAACAAUUAAAAGCACUUGCUGCACUUGACAAAUCAAAUGAUAGAGUAGUAUUUACAUGGACAAUUCAAAAGUUCUCAACAACUGUAGAUGAAAUAUGUACCUCUUUAUCCAAAGAAAUUCAUUUAAAGGAAACAGUGACAGAAAACCUUGCACACUGUAGAAAUGAAAGCCUUAUAGAAGUGUAUGUAUCUGCGUGGGAACUAGAAGCCUAUUAUAACAUUGAAAUGAGUGCUUACUUAUUUGCUGAUAUAGGAUUAUUGGGUAUUUCGUGA